UGCAUGCAAGAUCAAAAAAUGGAUAGCAAAGUACUGUUUGAAACUGCUUGGGAAGGAAAUGUUGAGGAUUUUCGCAAAAUCCUUAAAGAAAAUCCAAGUGUGGUUAUUGACUUUGCACUUUCAUCUCCAAGCGAGUCUCUUCUACAUGUUGCAACGAAAUCGGGACAGGUUGAUUUUGUACGGGAGCUUAUAAAUCACAAUCAUGAACUAGCCAAAGAAUUAAAUAAAAAUCUAUUUCGGCCUCUGGAUAUAGCUUCAAUGAUGGGGAACGUGGAAUUAGUGAAGGAACUUGUGAAAAAAGAUCCUGGAAUUUGUCGUCUGAAAGGCAAAGACCAAAGAACAGCUCUUCACUAUGCUACUAUGAAGGGAAGAAUUGAAGUUAUAGAUGAAUUGCUCUCCACUUGCUCACAUGCUAUUGAAGAUACCACGGUUCAUGGGGAAACUGCUCUUCAUCUGGCUGUGGAAAACAACCAAUUCGACGCCUUUCGGCUCUGGUUAGCUGGCUCGGAAAACUCAAUAUGGAGGCCAUCAUAAAUUCCGGUGAUAGCGAUGGCAACGCGGUUUUACACCUUGCAGCCUCUAGAAAGCAAUUGGACACCAUGGGAUUUAUGCUUAGCAACAACAAUACCAUCAGUGGGGUAUUGGAAGUCAAUGCUAAAAAUCUGAAGGGUUUGACAGCAAUGGAUAUACUGGAUAUAGUCAUGGAAAGUCCCAAGGAUCUACACCUGAAAGAAAUCCUCCAACGUGCUGGGGCAUUUGCUGCUCAACAUGCAAAUGCUGUCUCUGCAACUUCCUAUCUUCAACAUUUCACAGGAACUGGACAAGCCCAGCAUGAGCUUCAAUCAAAAACAUCUUCUAAAGAUUGGUUCAAAUACUUCAAGUUUCAGGGUCAAAGAUAUUCACCAACUGAGGCACGUAAUGCAUUGCUAGUAGUGUCUACACUGAUCGCCACAGUCACCUUUCAAGCAGUUACGAACCCUCCUACUAACCAGUCAAAUUCUGAUUCCAAAGCUCCCAACGCACCAGGCCCAUCUUCACAUGGGGCAGAAAUGCCAGCAGCAACGGUCAUCGGUGCCAUAACCUCUGCAAUUUUCGGCUCACAUGCUACAACAUUGUGUUUUUUGUUUGCAAAUACGUUGGGGUUUACUGCAUCACUGACCAUUAUAAUAUACCUCACCGGUGGAUUUCCUUUCCGAAGGGAGCUCCUGAUUUCUAUAUUUUCCAUGAUGUUUGCCUAUGGAUUUUCAGUUAGCAAGAUCAGUAAAGAAGCCAGCACCUAUGUCUUUCAGGGGAUUGCCUUCACUAUACCAUUCUUUGUGCGGUGGCUGCCUAGGUGGGGAAGAAAAGUUUGGAAGUGUAGACACAAACUUUCAUUAAUUCGCGGCAGACCAUGAUAGUGGUCUGGACAACCUAAUCUGAAUAUUUAGUACCAUUUGGUGACGUUUUAGAGUCAAAAAGUAUGCCUAAUUUCUAUUUUGCAA